GGCGAUCCGUCCAAGAUCCUGUUCAACAAUGUCCGCAUUUUAGAUUCCACCGGCCGGGCUCCUUACGAAGGAAACGUAUUAAUCGAAGGAGAACGUAUCGCCGCCGUGGGCGAUGUCAGCGACUCAGCCGCCCGCGGUGCGUUGGUGAUCGACGGCGAAGGCAAGAAAACGCUAAUGUCUGGGUUAAUGGAUGCCCAUACCCAUCUAAGCUUUAAUAAUUCACCUACUUUGGACGGGCUUACCAGCGCACCACUCGAAGAACAUGUCCUAUCGACAGCUCAGUCGGCCAAGACCUACCUCGACUGCGGAUAUACGAUGUGCUUUGGCGCAGCAUCAGCUCAACCUCGGCUCGAUAUCGCCAUCAAAGGUGCCAUAAAGUCCGGUAUGAUUCCAGGUCCACGUACCCUGGCGAACGCACCGGAGAUUACAACCACUGGAGGAGCAAUUGUACCCGGUAUCUCGCGAUAUGCAGACGGACCGUACGAGAUGCGGAAGCAGGUUCGGGAGUUUAUUAUGCUCGGGGCGGACAACAUCAAGCUGAGCAUGAGUGGCGAUGAUAUCCACCCCACAAUGCCCAGUACGGAAACGUAUUUCACUCUGGAAGAAACAGUAGCGGCAGUAGACGAGGCCCAUAACCGGGGCAAACGUGUCUGUGCACACGCGAGAAGUGCUCAGUCGGUCAAGUUUGCCCUCCAAGCUGGGGUUGACGUUAUCUAUCACGCCAGUUUCAUCGACGAAGAAGGAAUGGACAUGCUAGAGCAAAGGAAGGAGCACGUUUGGGUUGCUCCAGCUCUGAACUUCUUCUAUACCACAUGCACUGGCGAGGCAACUCCGUACGGUAUGACUGCCGAAGACGCAGCAAAGAAAGGUUUGAAGUAUGAGGUGGACACAGCCUGCAAGGCGAUGCAAGAGAUGCGCCGGCGGGGAAUUCGUGUCAUGCCCGGCGGUGACUAUGGCUUUGCUUGGGCUCCGCAUGGGACGUAUGCUAGAGAUCUGAAACAUCUUGUGGAUUUAUUUGGGUAUACUCCAAUGGAGAGUAUUAUUGCUGCCACUGCGUUGGGAGGGGAGAUGAUGGGCUACCCGAACGCAUUAGGCAAGGUGGCACCAGGAUACUAUGCGGAUGUGAUCCUGGUGGAUGGUGACCCUUUGUCCGAUCUGGACAUCUUGCAGAAACAGGAAAAGCUGCAUGCAAUUGUUAUUAAUGGUCAUAUCCAUAAGCACGUUGUGCCCUCCCAAGCUGUCUAUGCGUAAUGGAUCGGUGUCAGGAAAUUCGGAUAGGCGGUUGAUGAAGUUAUCUCUGUCGGUUAAGACUUCAGUGCUGGGGUUUGCCUUGUCGGUCGCAGCCCCUCCAUAUGUUCUGUCGCCAGGUUGAGCUCCAGUCCAUGCCAUCCAAACACACUGGUAGCUGCUAACACUAAAUGGCAUUCUUACUCUCUUAAAACCAAGCAUUCUCUCUUGCGUUUUCCUGUUCACUAUCAUGAUUUUCUCCCUUCUUGUAGAUACUUUGAUCUGAAGCUGAUAGUGCGGGCCAAUUGACAGCAGUUCGAUGCAAAAUGGUAAUCGCAUCUAUCCACUGGAGGAUACUUGUCAGCGGGUCGCCAAAAUCGGUAGCCUUCUUCAGGCACAAGGAAUCUCUCUUCGGUUCUUGAACCUUGUGAAGGAUCAAGAUUUAGAUAAUUUGACGAGCCAGGAGGAUAUAGUCAGCAAAGUGAGGGGUGUCAAGUAAAGCGGAGGAACCCGAGUUCAAGCAAACCCCACUUCGACACAGCAAGUGCUGAAUCUCCCAUCUCCCAUGGUGGCGAUGGCCCAGAUGCAGAGGUAUCUACGAGUAAUCACAGAACAAAUCGCGGUGUAGAGGUGGUGUUGUAUUCUUAUAUGGACUAGCAGGAUCAGAAGUACGAGGUGUUCC